UUGAGAUCAUUCAUCACAAUGGGAAGGAAAGAAUGGAAACGUAGAACAUAUCUGUCUGCUAUCCCCGUCUAUAAUGUUACGUCUCAGUUUCUGCAAGAAUUGACUCGUUGUGGGCUGGGAAAUGAAAAUAACUCCAUUCUGGCAGGUUUUGGACUAGUGAGUUUACGUGACCAGUACCUUAAUCCUGAUGAUGUUUCUUCAGUUCUAAAUGUUCUGUACAACAGCUAUGACGAUCAUCAGCCUAGUUCCGACUGGUCUCCAGAAUAUGUCCAGAAGUACCUCUGCAGUGUUGCAGCCAAGAUCGAGUCAGGCGAACUCUGUCUUCCCGUUUCUGCUCGGACACAGCUUUGGUUGCUUCAUACACCAGCCUUAGAACGCUUCUUGCUGUUCAUGAUUUCGUCAUUAGCUUCAGAAACCAAAAGUAACUCGUCAAGUGAGACAUUUGAUUUACUUCAACAAACAAUUUUGCCCGAGGCCACUUCAAAAAGUCCAGAAUUGUUCCAGACUAUAAUUAGCAUAUUAAUGGCAAUGGCAGAAGAGGAGGAAACCAUUCUUUCAAUUCUCCAGGACUUUGUGGUUGUUUUUGUUACAAUGGUUGAAGACCGUUUGUUUCCCAAGAGUCUGAUAACACACUUCCCAGAAGAAGUUCAGUUUCUGGUUCUCUUACUACUAGUGCCACCAAGUGAUAUCUCUGAAAGAAUGAAGUUAGAACACGUUGAAAAGUUGUGUGAAAUUGGAUUGUGGUCGUUGCAGAAUAACACCUGUGACGUUCGGCAGGUGCGACACGUCUUCUUCUGCUUUCCUGCUUGGCUUAGGAUUUUAGUUCAACAGAACAAAGGCAAGAAAUGUACACAUAUUUCAUCUUCUAGACAUCAGUUCAUCCAUGUUCUUACAUCAGUGGAUGAGAGUAAGGUAACUAAAUGAUGACAAUCGAGUUGGGGAACAUGCACUGAAUCGUGAGGUGUACGGUGUUGUUGGCAAUCGGACAAGUAGGUGCCUUUAUUUGUGUACACCGUACAAGUUACUAUGUUAACUUUCAUUAAAUAAAAGCUUUUCCAUGUGUAGAAAACUAACUUUAAACAUUAAGCCGGUUGUUGAUCCUGAUGGAUCUUCAAAGGAAUAUACCAUUUUCAGAUCAUGUCAUCAAGUGGCUAACCAAAGCACUAGUAUUUCUUUCAGAGCUUAGAUGGUGUUAAUUAGUGUCCAUAACUGUUGGAGAUUUAUGGCAUACACUGAAAUAAUAAAGUUUGUGUUAAAUAGGGA